AUGGAAGAAGCCACCAUGUCAGCUAACAUCAAGACCCGAUUUCUGAUGGUUUCCGAUACACACGGACUGGACAGUCUGCCAGGCUCGGUCUCGUAUCAAUAUGCAGACGCCGCGAUUCACUGCGGAGAUGUCACCACGAACUCCACUAUAGAUGAAUACAAAGCCUCGAUCCGCUUACUCCAGGCCAUGAAUGCGCCACUCAAGCUGGUCAUAGCAGGGAAUCAUGACUUCACUAUGUAUAUUCCAGAAUUCCAAAGAAAAGUGGCAGAAGUUCAGCCGCCCUUGGAUCCUCGAGAGGUUGAACAAACCUACGGUUCCUACGUAGAGACAAAACGGCUACUCAGCGAGGACACUGGCAUCACUUUCCUGGAUGAAGGCACCCACUUCUUCACCUCGAGAAUGGUUUACGCCAGUCCAUACACACCAUCCCUUGGUGAUUGGGGUUUUCAGUAUCGUCCAAACAACGCCCAUGACUUUUCUAUUGGUGACGUGGAUUCGUGGUAA